AAUGUCAAAAGCUAAAACAUGUUUGAUGUGUAAACAUGGGGGCAGUGUCUUGUUGUUUGGAAAAAAGGAUGAUGACACAUUCACUCUCUUGGGGCUUAUCAGACUCUUCUUUCGCUAGAUGGUUUCUCUAUUUCCCUGCAUUAUUUAAUACAGGGCCUCUCCAAGAUUCACUGUGCUAUUAAAAUUAUAUUUUGUUCCUACAAUGUCUGUGAUGGCCAUGAAAUACCUGUGAAGUACCAGUUCCAAUCAUUAUAGUUGGCUUGACGUUGCAGGAAUGCUUGGUUUUGGUGUGAGGAAAAGACAGUGCAAGUCAAUAGCAAGACGACUGGCUGUAGGAGUUCUAUUGACCAGUUUCAUGUUGGUAUUGCACUGCUUAUCUACCCCAGCAGCCCAACAAGUCAAUCAACAAAAGGUUACAGUGGCUUUGUCGUGUUCUCACCACUUAUCUCAAACAUGGGUCCACAAUUUGACCAACUACUCUCAAAGCAGAACAAGUCUGUCAGGGGAGUGUGUGCCCACGGUGGACAUCAUGUUCAUGAAGACCCACAAGACUGCCAGCAGCACAUUACUCAACAUCAUCUUCCGCUUCGGUGAGAAGCACGGUUUAAAGUUUGCCUUUCCUAAAGGUCGCAAUGACUUCUCCUACCCAUCCCCUUUCCUUUGCUCCCAUGUCAAAGACUUCCAGCCUGGGGUAUGUUUCAACAUCUUAUGUAACCACAUGCGCUUUAAUGGGCAUGAGGUGGCAAAGCUCCUCCCAGCAGACGCUGCCUAUUUCACCAUCCUACGAGACCCGGCAGAGUUGUUUGAGUCAUCCUUCCAUUAUUACAGCCGAGCGAUUCCCCUCACCUGGGGAAUCCACGGAGAUGGCAAACUGGCUGAGUUUCUGCGUGAACCCAUGAACUACUACACCCCAGGGAGCUACAACUCAUUCUACCUCAAGAACCUGCUCUUCUUUGACUUUGGAUUUGAUAACAACUUAGAGCCUGACCACCCUCUGGUGGAGAGGGGUAUUCAGACCUUGUCCCAACGCUUCCAGCUGGUCCUGAUGGCGGAGCAUUUUGAGGAGUCUCUCAUCCUGCUGAAAGAUACACUCUGCUGGACGAUGGAAGAUAUGCUGUUCUUCAAGCUCAAUGCCCGCAAGGACUCAUCUGUGUCACGACUGACCCCUGCACUAAGGGCCAAGGCCCGGGAGUGGAACGGGGCCGACUGGAGGCUCUACCAGCACUUUAACGCCACAUUCUGGGCCAAGGUGGAGGCAUACGGGUGGACACGGAUGGAGCAGGAAGUGAAGGAGCUGAGGAGGAGGAAUGCAGAAAUGGCUGCCAUGUGCAUUGAGGGUGGGGGAGCAGUGGAGGCUGGGCUGAUUCGGGACACAGAUCUGCUUCCCUGGCAGCCAGUUGGAGAGAACUCCAUCCUGGGUUACAAUUUAAGGAAAAACAUUGACCCCAAAUACAGGGAACUCUGUCGGAAAAUGCUCACACCUGAAAUACAGUACCUAUCAGAGCUAGGGGUCAACUUGUGGCUCACAAGAUUAUGGGGUUGGUUAAAGGAUACUAUAUUCUAGCUAGAAACAAAUUUAUGGGAACAAUUUGGAUACAUUUUUAAGAGUAUAAACUGGGGCGGUGGGUGCUACUAGUAUAAUAUAUGUAAUAGUUUUUUUAUGGUCAUACCAAGGAUCAUUUAGCUAUUGUCACGCCUUGGUCAUUUGUGUUUUCGUUAUAUAUUUUGGUCAGGCCAGGGUGUGACAUGGGUCUACGUGUUGUUUCGCAUUGGGGUUUUAUAGGAUUGGGAUUGCUAAUGAUUAGGGGUGUGUCUAGUUAGGUUUGGGCUGCCUGAGGCGGUUCUCGAUCAGAGUCAGGUGAUUCUUGUUGUCUCUGAUGGGGAACCGUAUUUAGGUAGCCUGAGUUUCGCUUUGUAUUUCGUGGGUGAUUGUUCCUGUCUUUGUGUAGUGUUCACCAGAUAGGCUGUAUUAGGUUUCACGUUCCGUUUGUUGUUUUCGUAUUUAAUAGUUAUUUCAUGUAUCGUCAUUCAUUCAUUAAAGAACAUGAGUAACCACCACGCUGCAUUUCGGUCCUCUCUUUCAACAAACGAAGAACGCCGUUACAGCUAUUUGAUUUUAAAUUGCAGAACCCCUUUGGACUUAUUGCUAUUAUCCCAUAGAAACACAUUCAAUGACAGAUUCAUACAUGGAAAAACAGAGUUAAAAAUAAUUCAUAAGGAAGUUUGUUUUAAAGUGUUUGUCCUAUGUCUGUCCUAUAUCAUCAGUGGAGGCUUUUUUUUAUUAUGCUAAUUCACUUUUUCACAGGGGCUUGGAAAUCAACUGUAAGGGUGUUAAAUAACUUGUGGUUGCAAAUAAAGAUACACUUUGUGACUGACUCCUUAUGCAAUGCUAUCUUAUUGCAUUGAUGUAUAAGUGAAAGAGAGGAUCAUAACAGCUAUGUGCCGAUUAAUCUCUAAAUUGUACAUAUUCGUUUUUUCUAAGUCAGCAUAUUACUCUCAGAGCUUGACUCUUGAAGCUUGCAUGAAAUCCUUUAUCCCUUCCUCUCAUACUGAAGAUGCCAAAGUAUGUUAUUCAGUAUUAAGGUGUAUAAAUUUGUGUGAAAAUCUUCAUUCACAAUUGUAAUGACAGUCGAUGUUCAUUAAAACAAGACAUG